AUGCCUCCUCUCAACCUAUCGCGCGUUUCUGAGAUGCUUCAGCGACUUCAGAAUACCUUCGAGGAGGAGUCGCAACAAGCUGGCCCUCGGUGGCUGAUCAAGACAUAUGACGACCUCACGCCAGAGGAGAAGAGCAUACCCGACGAUUGGCUUCCCCGCCUACAUCACUGCAACCGAAUGGGCGUCCUCGACUCGCAGGAGAAGAAGGAAGCCGCGCGGCAGAAGAUCUGGGCACUGGUUUUCGACGGCUGGAAUACCGACUCCCCGAUCCCCAAGCCCACUAGUCCCGGCGGGAGCAAAGCCGAGGAUGGAAUCGUCAAGAUUGGCGUUCUCAACGAGGAUGCUCCGAGUUGCCGAAAGCGGAAGGCUGAUGGAUCAAUGGCCCCCUUACCUGCCAGGCGUUCUCGCGGCGCUGAUGUGUUCAUCAAGGCGAAAGCUCACUGGCUACGCCAAGAUCUGUGCUUCCCCCUCUGCGACUCACGAGGCCUAGCAUUCGCCUCCAACAUCAGCUAUAGAAAGCUUCCUGGAAGCACUCUCGGUCGACUGAAGGGCGAAUGCAGUAGCCGCUGGGACUCGACUGAAGUCUACCGCGGACGAAAGGCGAACAACGAACUCGUUGCUUACUGGGCAAGAAAUAAGCUCGUAUUCUCUCUCAAGAACAACUGGAGAGGCCGCGGAGACCCUGAAGCUGUUGGUCUCCCUGGCUCGCAAACCACCGCCACACUCGAAGGCCGGCCCACGAUGGAAAUUGACCAGAUCAUCGACCUUGGAAAGUUGACAUACAUUAAGCUAUGCAUCGAUAUCUGGGAGGCAUACCACGACGCCGCCAGCUUUCACAUGGCAAUGAACAAAGACUACUCUGGGGUCUUCGAACUGUCCUCUUAG